AUGGCUGAGCUUCACCACAAGAGUCAUGAGCAUACAUUGCUAUUCAACGAAGAAACUGGCAGUCAAGGCAACGCCCCUUACGGCUGCGCUUGCUGUGAAAAAGAGGUGCAGGGUCCGAGCUACAGCUGCGGAGAGUGCGGGUUUUACCUCCAUAAAAGAUGUGCGGAGAUGCCCUCGGAGAUUCAUUACCCCAAUCACCGCGACUACACUCUUCUUCUUCUUCCGCUUCCAGCUUCGAAACAUCCGGAAAGAGAUGCUGGAAACUUGAUUGAGACCCGCCAUGCUGCCCACCCACAUCCUUUGUGUUUCUCUAAUCCAAUCGGAUUUUUGAAUUGCGAGGGCUGUAAGAAAUCGUUUCAAAGAGAUGAUGCUUCAUAUGGUUAUUUUGAAUAUUGGGAUUGCAAAAUCUGUUUUGAAAAAGUGAACAUCGAGUAUGGAAGUUAUUACUGUUCUCGGCCAGGAUGUGAUUUCGUUAUCCAUGUCAAAUGUGCCAUAGAUAAGAAAAAGAAGGGAUUGUAUGGUGUGGUUGAAGUAGACAAUCCAGACGAAUUUGAGGAAUCUGACUUUUUGUCUGAUGAAACUAUGAGCUUUAUCAUUCGUAUCAUCAAGGAAAUCAAAGUCGGGGAUGAUAUAAUAGCUGCAGAGAUAGAACAUAUUAGUCACGAGCAUAAUUCGAUAUUCUCAGAGGAGAUUAAGGAUAAUAAGUAUUGCAAUGGUUGUGUGCUACCUAUCCUUUCUUCAUUUUACUAUUGUUCACAUUGUGAUUUCUUUUUGCACAAGGAAUGUGCUGAAUUGCGUAGGAUGUGUCAGCUAUGGUUUAAUGCAAAGCCAUUCAAUCUCUUCACAGAUGGUGUUUUUAGAUGUUUUCACUGUCAUUAUAUGGGUAGUGGUUUCUCCUAUAGAGUGAAUGCUUUCUGGUGUUUCUGUCUUAGAUGUGCUGUAGUGUCUCACAGUUUUACAUAUCAAGCAGAUGAGCCACAUUUCCUCUUCUUUGAUCACAAGUACGAAAUGAAGUGCAAUUCUUGUGAAUAUGUGAUGUCUACCUUCAAAUACAGGUGCAAGGAUUGCACGUUUGCUUUGGAUUCGAGAUGUGUUAUGUUUCGACGCAUUGCUUGGCAUAAGAGUGAUCAACAUACUUUGACACUUGCUUAUCAAGAUCUCGAUGACUAUCCACUGCGACGAAACUGUGAUAUCUGUGAAGAAGAAAGAGAUCCACAGAAAUGGUUUUAUCAUUGUGAAACUUGUGACAAUGCUAUGCAUAUUGAAUGUGUUUUUGGAAAGUAUCCGUUUAUCAAUGCCGGAAGCAAAUAUGCAUAUAAAGGUCAUCCACAUUCUCUCACUUUUGUCAAGAAAAUCUAUUACUAUACCGAAUGCGUUCGAUGUCGUGAGCCGUGCGAAGAUCUAGCCCUUGAGUGUAUAGAGCAAGGAUGCAAAUAUAUUGUGAUUUAUAGAUAAUGUGAUUUUUAUAACCUUCUCAAGGAAGAAUUGUUGUUCAUGACAGGACGUUGCUA